CCGUACCUCAUUGAAAAGUUGCCACUCUGCCUAGUGACUGUAAACUAAACAAAAAUACUAACGUGGACACCCUGACCCUGGAGCUUGUGGCAGAGCGCAGCAUGGCCCAGAAGAGUGAAAAUGCGCGCCAGCAGCUGGAGAGGCAGAACAAGGACUUGAGGGCCAAGCUGGGCGAGCUGGAGGGUUCCGUGAAGAGCCAGUUCAAGGCCUCCAUCACCGCCCUGGAGGCCAAGAUACUGCAGCUGGAGGAGCAGCUGGAGCAGGAGGCUAAGGAGCGAGCAGCGGCCAAUAAGCUUGUGAGAUGGACAGAGAAGAAGCUGAAGGAGGUGUGCAUGCAGGUGGAGGACGAGCGCCGCCAUUCCGACCAGUACAAGGAACAGAGUGAGAAGGCCAACUCUCGUAUGAAACAGCUGAAGAGGCAGCUUGAGGAGGAGUCCACACGUGCCAACGCCUACCGCAGGAAGCUGCAGAGGGAGCUGGACGAUGCCACUGAGAGCAGCGAGGGUCUCAGCCGUGAGGUCAACACACUCAAGAGCCGCCUCAGGCGUGGAGGCCCCAUCAGUUUCUCCUCCAGCCGCUCGGGCAGGCGUCAGCUGCAGGUGGAGGGAACAUCGCUCGACCUCCUAUCCGACGAUGAGGUGGAAAACAAAACCACGGACGCCAAUGCCAACGAGACGCCAGCAGCUCCCCAACCAGAGUAGACGCGCUCCCUACAGCCCAAACCUUACCCCUGUCCUCCUAACCCCAGACACUAGCAGUGGACCCCACUACUCUGCCUUACCCCUCUAUGGCAAGCUGCAGGGCCAAGCAAAUCCAUCACCUCCUCCAUAUGAAUAUACCGCACAUCAAGCCUUGGAUUCGUUUUUAACAUCAAUUGCAGAUAAUAGUGCAUUUUUAUUGCAUAGGCGUCUGAGUGUGCAUAGGCACUCGAAAACAAAUAGCAGGAGAUUACCAUAAUUAUGUUAAGCUACUUCCCUGGAACAGCCAUUAGAAUCAAACAGCCCUCUAGCUAGAAUUAACCACUGUCAUUUCAGCUGGUUUACUGGCACACAGGUGGACGACUGCACACAAGUCGGUAAAAACAUGUGUCUUUCAUGAUUGUACAGUAUUGGACCAGGAUAUGUAAAACAAAGCACAGCAUAAGCGAGGGAAUUAUUUUUAAAUGGUAGCCUAAAUGACAAUCACACCAAAUUUUUUUCAUCAAAACCACCACUGUCAUAGAGAUACUACAAUCCACUUAGUUUAGUAUAAAAAUAACUAUGUGACUAACUCUUUGGUAGCAGGUUUGUAGUGAAUUAGAUUGUACCAUGCCAUGUUGCCUCAGCAUUCCCCCUAUAUAUAUGACCAGCAAAAGACCCUGUUAACUUGACCAAUAUAACCUUGUCCAAUAACCCACCAUUUUAUAUUUGACAUAUCAAUCUACUUUAAGUGGUGUACGAUAAUGUGUGGAAUUAGGUUUGUCAGACUUGGAGCAAAGGCCCUUUUUUUUAGAAAGACAGCCCAAAUGUGUGCUUGACAUACUAUAAUAUUGCUAUGUAUAAUUCUGGCUAUUCAGUUAUGUUUUCUGUACCAUGUACAAAAUACUUAACUCAAAAAGGUCUCUUUGACAUCUCGUGUCACCUUCAUUUCAAUGCAUUUCAAAUGGCUGAAUAAUAUUAGCAUGAUUUACAGAAGGGUAAUUCAUCUUUUAUUGACGUUUUAUUGAGUGUUAGAGCGUUGGUUUUAAUUCAGUGGUU